AUGGACAGCAUACUUCACAACUUACCCUUCUACUCCCAUGUACGACAAACUAGACCUCUGCAGCCCUUGUCGUUCGGGAACAAGCUUAAUCUAAUAAACCUUGUUGAUCGAUACAGUCCUGAAUUUAGUGCAGGCUCGCUCUCAUUGUUCCAUAGGUUAUAUUUCAACGGUCAUCUGCAAACGGUAGCGGCAGCUCUCAAGACUUUCCAGGAUGUUGAUCAAGUUUACUAUAAGCGUAUGGUAUUGAAUCUUGCAGAUGGUGGUGAAGCAACAGCAGACUUUAGAGUGAAACCGUGGAAUAUGGAAACUGAGAAUGACAAAACACCAGACUAUAUACCUUCGAAUCAGACUAAGAAGCUUCAGCCAAGAUACAGAUUUUUCACUCCGGAAGAAUUGAAGAAUUUAGGUACUAAAGACUCAAAACCAAUGCUCAUAGUCUUGCAUGGACUCACAGGUGGGUCCCAUGAAGCUUACGUUCGCAGUCUGGUCAAUAAGAUGACUACGAAAUUCGAAUUUGAAGCCUGCGUCUUGAACUCGAGAGGCUGCAGCGAGUCUUGUAUCACUACACCCCAAUUGUACAAUGGAGUGUGGACUGAUGACAUUCGUCAUUUUGUCAAAAAACUGCGCACCAUGUUCCCAAACCGCAAGUUUUAUCUGGUUGGGUUUUCUCUUGGUGCUUCUAUCGCAACAAAUUAUCUGGGCCAAGAAGGUGAAGACACGGAUAUUGAAUGCGCCGCAAUCUUAGCCAAUCCUUGGGACCUCUGCAACGCUUCUUACUACAUGAAUCGUUCUUUCAUAGGUCGUUACCUAUAUGGAGGCCAUUUCGCACAAAGCUUGGUCAAGCUGCUGACCGAUAAUCUAGAAGUUCUAAAAAGAGAUCCCUACAUGGCUAAGCUAUAUGCGGAGAAACUGGAUUCCGUGAAGUCCGUGGAGGAAUUCGAUAAUUGGUUUACGUCUCGGAUGUUUGGAUUCAAUGGUUCAUAUGAGUAUUAUCGCUACGGUACCAGCUCGAAUCGAAUUCCUCUGAUACGCACACCCACGCUCGCACUAAGCGCGUCCGAUGACCCAAUCGUUGGACAGGAAUCGCUUCCGCACCGAGAAAUUGAAGGCAAUCCCUACAUGUUGCUGGUAGAGUCUAGUAAAGGUGGGCAUGUCGCGUGGUUUGAUGCUAACGGUGAACGCUGGUAUGAAGACCCACUUUGUAGAUUUUUCAGCGCCUUCCACACCGAAAUCUCAGCAAAAGGCUUGACAGCAGACCUUGAUUCUGUCACCUUGCCACACAAAAACAAAUUCAACGGCGAUCGUCUUGUCGAUGCUACAGUCAGGUCUUAUUGA